AUGCGUGCACGGAGCUAUUUCCCUCUCCACCACCUUUGGCCAGCUAUUGUUGGCCCAACAAAAGGACUCGCUCGCGGGGGAUCGGGACCCUGCCGAAAACGUGGCAGCUCCGGGGGCAAUGUGCUGUCCCGGCUGCAAACGCCACCGCUUCUCACCUACCGAGUCCCGCGUGGGCUUCCCGCGUGUCCCCGGGAUUAUCGCUCUAAAACCGAGGGCAUUCCCUCGUCGGCUUCGCGGCCGAACCUCCGCACGGCAGCGCCGCGCUCCCUGCACCGCCGUCCGCACCGUCCCGAGCGGGCAGCGCUCCGCACCGACACCUCGGGCACGGUCGCUGCGGCCGCAGCGAGAGCCGGGCGGACCGACGGCUACUCCCGCCAGGCGUGGGGAAGCCAAGGCGGGUAUUUACCGGAGCCUCCCAGGUUUGGCUAUAAGGAAAAGGAUGUUCCCCCAGGCGGGCGCGACGGAGCGUCCUCAGAGAAAUGCAGCGGCGGGGAGAGCCCGGUGCCGCGGGCUCGAGGGCUGCGGGCGCAGGUGAGCGGCGUGCAGAAGCAGCGGCGGCUGGCGGCCAACGCGCGGGAGCGGCGGCGGAUGCACGGGCUGAACCACGCCUUCGACCAGCUGCGCAAUGUCAUCCCCUCCUUCAACAACGACAAGAAGCUCUCCAAGUACGAGACGCUGCAGAUGGCGCAGAUCUACAUCAGCGCCCUGGCCGAGCUGCUGCACGGCCCCGCCGCUCCUUCCGACGGCUCCGGCAAGGCCGAGCACCGCGGGGCCCCCUUCGAGCCGCCCUGCGCCGCCGCCGGGGCCGGAGCUCCGCCGGGGCCGCCGGCGCCGCCGCCGGGGCCGCCCAGAGCGUCUCCCCCCGGGCACGGCCGGACUCGCUUCCCCCCGCCGCCGGCCGCGGGGGGCUACUCGGUGCAGCUCGACCCGCUGCACUUCUCCUUUGCGGAGGGCGCCCUGAUGGGACAGAGAGCCCCUUCCCCCGCCCUCCUCCUGCCGCAGCCCGGGCAGCCGCCGCAGGAGAGGAGCAAAACGUCGCCCCGGUCCCACAGGAGCGACGGGGAGUUCUCGCCCCGCUCCCACUACAGCGAUUCGGAUGAGGCCAGCUAA